AUGCGGUGGUCUCCAAUCCAGUGGCUUCACAACUUGUUUGUGGCGCAGAGUCUGUAUAUCUCAGUUGCUGCUGAUCGAUCGCAACGACUAAGAGGAAGGCGUCUUCGCGGGGGCGCCGCUUGUGUUGAUACUGUUGGUUCAGUGAUUCUCGAAGCAAUUCAAAAAGCCCAAGACGACAACAACAAUGGCGGCGGCAAACGUCGUGGUCGAAAUCUCUUGUUCUUUGAUCUCGACCGGGCGUGGAACUUGGCCCAGGAUUUGUAUGGCCAAGUGGUCGAGGAACUGGAGGAAACAUCCACACAGACUACCAGCACGAAUACAACGCAAGGCGAACGAAUCGUUGCGGAUGUUGUCAUUGUUGGAGCUGGUGCUGCAGGCCUUUCGGCAGCAGCAGAACUGCUAGAAGAAGAUCCGGAUCUCAAUGUCAUCAUCCUAGAAUCCACCGAACGAAUAGGCGGGCGGGUCCGCAGUCAUACCAUGGGGGCAUGGGGGCGAGAAGCUGUGGUAGAAGACGGGGCUAACUGGAUCAUUCCUUUGAAGGAAAACGUGCUUUGGGAGGAAGCACAGGACAUCGGUUUGCGAGGCAUGCCAAAUGAUUAUACGGAUUGGAUUGUGUACGAUGCCAAUGGAACUGUUGUGGAUCCAACUCUUGUGGAUGCGGAACACAAACGGUUUACCGAAGCAUUCAUUGCGGCCGGGGUCGACGCCGACGAGCAAUUCACUGCAGAACACGAAUCGUUCAACGAUCGGGGCGUCUUGGCGCUCUUGGAAGACAAUGGAUGGGCGGUGGCAUCUGACACCAGUGGCAACUUGGACGCAGUCAUGCAAUGGUUAUAUAUAGACUACGAAUAUGCCGUCAGGGACGUCUCGACUCGAUACUUCCCGUAUGAAGCACCCAAUCCCUUCCUCGUGACGGAUCAGCGUGGAUACGAAACACUCCUUCAACAUUUCCAGGGUGAACACAUCCCACGAGACAAAAUCCUGCUGAAUCAACGGGUGACCAGCAUUGACUAUGAUGCUGACGUCUGUAUCCAACAAUGCAUCGGUGUUUGCGUUGGCCCUCGAUACAAGGCCAUUGUAAAGACUGAAGACGGCACGGAGUACCUUACACAGCGUGUCAUCUUGACGGUUUCGACUGGAGUCAUCAAUAACGACAGAAUCGACUUCAAUCCUUCCUUUCAAUACCCACACGCCCAAUACAACCCCUACAGGAUGGCACAAUACGUCAAGAUCUUUUAUCAGUUUGAAGAACCUUUCUGGGGCACAACUGAAUUCGUUGAGGUGGCUCGAAACCCCGCAAACCGAGGCUUGUGCAAUCACUGGCAAAACAUGGAUCUGGCAAUCCCAGGCAGCGGCAUCAUUCGGUGCGAGCUCAUGACAGAGGGUUUUCUGGCAUUGAUUGAUCCCGUCACAGAGGAGCUUUCCCACGCAACCUUGGACUCAUUGCUGGAUCCGCUGCGUGCUGUGUAUGGUAACGAGACGGUGGGGGCUCCCCUUGAUGUUUAUUAUCCAAAGAUCAAUAAGGAUGUCGACUUUGGCAACGGAGCGUAUGGUGCUUGGCAGAUUGGAAAAAGCUUUACCGACUUUGCCAAGUUUUAUGGCGGGAUUGAUGUGUUGACAAACUACUGUGACCACAACGGUUGCAACUCUGCUGGGGAGUGGAUUCUGCAGAUGUCGGGAUCUGCUUCUUGCUACGAUCACUCUGAGUUUGUUCAUGGAGCUUUGUUUGCUGGACAGCGAAGCGCAAGGUUUGCCUUGGAAUCACUGGGCUAUGACGUGAAGACUGACACUAGUGAAUGCGACAAGUGGUGGAACGAGUUGGAAAGAUGA